GUGAAAAUGCGACCUUUGGACGUUGCGUUGCAGAAUAGUACCGUAAACACUUCGAGCAUAAAAGAUGUCCACCCGAAUAUGGACAUGACUACUUUUAAUAAUGAUUGCAAUGGAACUUCUCUGGGUACCUCAUCUCAGAUACAUCGCAAAUAGAUGCAUGCUUGUAUACUCUAUAUUGAAGUAGAUUAAUACGGUAUGGAAUGCUUUGAUUUACAUACAUCAUGGCACAAAACACGGAGACUUAUGUGGUGAUGGAGAAACUUGCCAAUGAAAUCAUUGCGGUGGCAAAUAUUAGCAGAUUAGGUCAAAUAUCGUUAAGUAGAAUUCAACAACAGAUUGAGUACAAUGUAUCCAAACUGGUGGAAAAUUAUCCGAUUUUCCAUCUUACAGGUAGUGAGUUUGAGGGUAUUUCGCAAUUCUUUUGCGAUGACCUGGAUCUGAUGGAAAAUCGUACAAUAUUUCCUUCUGUAGAGUUCGAGCCUCCAGAUGAAAAGAAAAAGCCCAAAUGGGGGUAUGUAAUAAUAGAGCCAUGUCUUAAUGAACCAGCGUACAUGAGACUUAAAGCCGUAGACACAGAGGGUAUACAUGCAGGAUUCAGAACUGUAAUUAAUAACGAUGGGUACCUUAAUGCCGUUAAAUUCCUAGACCUUAAUAAGUCCAUUUACCCUGGCGAAUUUACCAGAUCCGUGGUCCUGCUGCUACCUAUAUUACCCAAGAUACAACAGUUGCCCAUAAUAGUAUAGAUAAUGUCCUUUGCUUGAAAUCCAACUCAUGGCCUUCUGUGUCUGAAAGUUUUUUUAUUAGAAAGCGACUGAACAAUUGGCCAACAGAAGUUCUAAAAAAGAUCAGAAGUACUGGCUGCUUCGUUGUUGCCACUGGACACCAAAACAGUGCUUGUAAAGAUAUUGAAUGGAGAUGGUCAUUUUCCUUGGCAGAGAAAGAACUCCUUCAGGAAAUGGAUAGUUCGUUACCAAACUGCCUGUUGACGUUGAAGGCUCUCAAGAGAAAGUACAUCAAUUAUGAAGAGUCUAACGAACCAACCCCAUUUUGCUCCUACUAUAUCAAAACCGCUUGCUUUUGGAUAUAUGAAACUUUUCCACAUAAAGAGUGUAGCAUAAUGAAUUUGAUUAGAGAACUGCUUAAUUGGUUAAUUGACUGCUACCAGCAUGGGAACCUGCCGCAUUAUUUUAUCCCCAGCCAAAAUUUGAUUGGUUAUUUGUCAGAAAAAGUACGUUAUGAAGUGCAAGAAAAGCUAAAAGCAGUUAACAGUAAAAAAAAAAUAUGGAGUAUGGUAAUGUCAUGUGUCGUUUUGGAUUACGAAGUUAUAAACGUUGUGUGUGAUAAACUGGGGAUCGCUAAAGUUUGUGAGGGUGAUGACUUUCAACAACUGGAAACCGAUCUCUUACAUCAUCCCAAUGCUAAGGUAGCGCUUGAAUAUUAUAUUCAAGGGCUAUCACCCGAUGGCCUUUUGUAUGAUAGAUCUCAGUAUAGAAGAAUUGUGCAAUGCCUUUCAGUCGAGGACCCCAUUUUACUUAAUGCACUUCAGACCAUUCUGGACUAUCCAAAAUUUGAUAUCUUGGAGAUUUUAGCUUUUCCUGAGAAAGUCAUAUUGCCAAUAAUAGACACCAUAGAUGAUUUACUGCCGUAUGGAUAUGCACAAAUGUUUCGACAGUAUCUGUAUAGACACUUAGGUGAUGUUUAUACAUAUUUAUUAAUUUACUUGCAAGCUAGAGGUUUCCUAAAUGAUUGUAAUAUUCACUUGAUUAAACCGAUGCUUUAUUAUACAUUAGGGACUGAAAUUGUACUGUUAGACAAAUGGAGCGAUAAUGGUGAGGGUGGAAUAGUUAGGACAGCAAAAUACCAUUAUUUGAUGGGCGAUUAUGAAAAUCUGAAACCAAUAUUAAGAUUUAUUGGACCCAAAAUGAAACCUAACAUAAAAAGUUUCCUAUAUAUGAGCAGGCACAUACCUAUAGAAAUAAAAACAUUGUACUUGCCGCUGAGCUCAUGGGCAGCUGAUAAGAAGUUGCGAAAUCUUGCAAUUGUCAGUAUUACACCUUUCUAUUUGCAUCCAGUCGUCUUUGUCUUUUAUAUGCAGGCUAGGGUUGCUUUAAAAGAAGGCGAUAUGGAGAAAGCAUCUUCGAAUUUAAAAGAUAUGAAAGAAUGCACACCAAUUAUUGCGGGAGAGCUGAAGAAGAAUGCAAUGUCUUUAAUCAGAUUGAUAGAAAACGAGAUAAACCCUCCAAACAGGUAUCUAUAAAUUCCGAUUAAUAUAAUUCAAUUAUAACCACUACCAAUCUUUUCUGCAACGUUGUGUUAAGGUUAUUUUUCUAACAAAACUAUCCACAAGGUUAAAAAAAGGGCUAAAAGGGCUCUGAUCUUGAAAUAGCGAUAUAUAAUUAUUGGAAUGUAUGUAUGUAUUUAUACCAUUUUGCACUAAUUGUUAUUAUUUUGUGUAUAUUAAAUUUUGAAC